GUCAAGCGUUUGGGAGGCCGUCAAAUGAGCAGUCUCAUUUCCUCGAUAGCAUGGGUGAAGCGCGGUGUGUCCACCCGCCAUCCCAGUAAAUAUGUGUUGGACGAGAGCGAGCUUGAGCGCGUGAGCGCACUCGCCCAGAUCGAGCUCGAGGAUGCACGGACAGAGCUGCAGCGCGCACAUGAAGCCGCAACAUCCAUGGGGAGGGGCGUUGAGCCGGAUGACGAUGAUGAUGUAACAGAGGGCGCGGGAGGAGAGGGCGAAUGGGUUGACGAGGAAGAUGAUUCCAUGGCGGUUGACCAAGAGCCUGGUGUAACAAACGGCAAAACUCGAGGCGAUGAUCUUGCCGAGUACAAUCUCGACGAUUAUGACGAGGACGAAACCAAAAUCGACGGGCCUUUCACCAAUAUCAAAGGUUUGACAUUCUAUAAGGAUAACGCAGAGGAUCCUUAUAUCACAUUGAAGGAGGGACGUCCAGAUGACGAAGAUGAAGAGCGUCAGGACCUUGAAGUCAUGCCCACCGACAAUCUCAUUGUCGCCGCCAAAACCGAAGACGAUAUAUCCCAGCUCGAGAUCUACAUCUACGACGAGUCCGAAGAAAACCUCUUCGUACACCACGACCUCAUGCUUCCCAACUUCCCCCUUUGCCUCGAGUGGCUUGACUUCCCGCCCGCCUCCUCCUCCACGACCGCACAAAAUGGCGCAGCUCGCGAGUUCGGGAGCUAUAUCGCCGUCGGCACGCUCGACCCCGAGAUCGAGAUCUGGUCGCUCGACGUCGUCGAGAGCAUGUAUCCCGACGCGGUGCUCGGACGCCCCGACAAGACCGCCGCGCACGUGCCGAUGCCCGCGGGCACAGGCAAGAAGAAGCGCAAGAAGGCGAAGCACCGGGCGACGGUAGACGAGCACCACGUCGACGCUGUGCUCGCACUCUCGUGGAAUCGCACGCAUCGGCAGCUGCUUGCGAGUGCGAGCGCGGAUCGGACUGUCAAGCUUUGGGACCUGAGCAGGGCGGCGCCUACGGAGGGUGAGGAUGCGGGGCGCGGGAUUGCAGCGAUACGGAGUUUCUCGGUGCACAAGGAUAAAGUGCAGGCGGUGCAGUGGAACCAACGGGAACCGACCGUGUUGCUCUCCGGGAGCUAUGACCGGACGGUUCGAUUAUUUGACUCCCGAGCGCCCGACGCUGGCGUCGGGGCUGUCUUGGGUGCAGAUGUGGAAGCCCUUCGAUGGGAUCCUUGGGAAAGUCACAGCUUCUAUGUUUCGCUGGAGAACGGUCACAUUCUCAACUUUGACGCACGGACAUUGCCAUCCGACCUGAAAUCGUCAUCCCCUGCUCGUUUCACUAUAUCUGCUCAUGAUGGUGCCGCGUCCGCGAUUGACAUUAACCCACACAUACGGGGUUGUAUCUGCACGGGAGGCACGGAUAAAGUGGUCAAGAUUUGGAAUGUCGACGAAGCAGCGAACGGAAAGCAGCAAGUCAGCCUCGUGACUUCACGGGACUUGGGAGUUGGCAAGAUCUUCUCUACGGUCUGGUCACCAGACGAUCCUCUCACUCUGGCUGCGGCCGGUUCGAAAGCAAUGAUGCAAAUCUGGGAUGUUGGAUCCAACUUUGGCGUGCGCAAGGCGUUCUCGAGUAAGCUCGCGGCUGCAGGUCGGGAGCUCAAAGAGAAGAAGGAGGGCAACGGCGGUCUGAUAGGGCUUGCCAACGAUGAGGAGGAUGAAAGCGACGAUGGCGACGGGGAUGGCGACGAGUGACGCAAUGAACCGCGUUUCCUAUCAAAAAUGUAGAUCAAGAAGUUGCCGCUUCUAUUGAUGAUGCAUGACCGAUUGCUACAGUAGAUAAGUAAGUGGCGCGAAGUAUAUGGCGGGUAUUCUACAUGAAAUCGUCUGGG